UACACUGCGAACUGGUCGUCGUUGACGUUGUCGCUUUAUCCGUACGCAGCAGCAGCACUUGGCAGCAGCAGCAGCAGCAGCAACAGCAGCAGCAGUAAUAGUACUAGCACGAGAUCGCCGCCAACAGACAACACUGGCGAUCCGUAGUGCGGCGUAGUGGGUCUAGUGUUGGUUCGUGCGCGGCGUAGCAAUGGAUCCACCACCACCAUAGUUGCACGCCACUGGUCUGACCGCGUCUGACGGACAGCAUCAACUUCAACCAAUCAACCGCGAACCAGCGCAGCUAGCAGCGAGACACCAUUCAACAAACAGCGCCACCGUACCAAAGGUGGCGCGGCAGAUGGCCCACGACAGACUGCCGUACGCUGCUGUCUUUGCAGUGCCCUUCGUCGUCGUCCUAGUGUAGCGGAGACCGAGCAUCGGGCCGAGGAUCGUGGAUCCGCGAAACGCCGCGAAGGCAUGCGGGGGACGGGCGAACGGACGUUACACCAAACCUGUGAGAUUAGGCAACCGAAGCAGGCGCCAGCGGAAGAGUUAAACCAAAGCAAGAGCCGAGGCAUCGAAGCCCUCCGGUAUGCGACACGGCGGCAGUGAUCUCACCCGGCCAGCAUCGAUACAGCAGCAGCAGUAGCAACAGCAGCAGCAGCAGCAGCAGCAGCAGCAGCAGCAGCAGCAGCAGCUGCUCCAAAGCGAGCUCUUCGCGCAGCCGCUACCUAGGCUACGUAUCACGACAAGCACAACAGCCGACAACGGCAGCAGACGAAUGACGACGGCGGUGGCAGCGGUGGCGGCCACGUACCAGCGGCGGCCCACAGGAGCCCACAGGCACCAACACAGAACAGUGCCGGCUACGACGAGGCCUCCCGGGCUACGGCAACCGCUACCGAUCGGCCGGUCCCGAUCGGCACGGGCAUGCUGGACGCUGGACGCGGACGCAGUGCCCAGUAACGCUUCUCAGCCUCCUUGUCUUCGCAGUAGUCGUCCAGCGUCCAACAGUAAUCAUAAUAGUUCUAACAGUAUAUGUUUUUGUUACCAAUACCUUCGACCUGUAGCUAUCCUGUACAUAAUGCUAGCGGCGCUCCUGGCCAACGUGUCAGCAUUCGAACCAGACUUCGUUUACCCACUGGAGAACGUAACGGUGGCGAAAGGACGCGAUGCCACCUUUACCUGCGUCGUCAACAAUCUCGGUGGUUAUCGGGUCGCCUGGAUCAAGGCGGACGCGAAGGCAAUACUGGCGAUCCACGAGCACGUCAUCACCAACAAUGGGAGGCUGUCGGUUACGCAUAACGACUACAACACCUGGACGUUGGUCAUACGCAACGUCAAGAUGGAGGACCGGGGCGUGUACAUGUGUCAAGUGAACACGGACCCGAUGAAGAUGCAGGUACGUGUAUCGCUGGUGAGCCCUGUGACGAUCCAGCAAACCAAUCCCCCUCCUUGCUCUCUGACCCAACGACUACUCUCGGUACACGCUGACACGCUUAUAUCUCUCGCCGCUUACUGCCAGACGGCUUUCCUGGAGGUGGUCAUACCACCGGACAUCAUUUACGAGGAAACGUCGGGCGACAUGAUGGUACCGGAGGGCGGUUCGGCCAAGCUGAUCUGCAAAGCCCGGGGCUACCCCAAGCCGAAGAUCGUGUGGCGCCGCGAGGAUGGCCGUGAAAUCAUCGCCCGCAACGGGACUCACGGCAAGAUGAAGGCGACAAUCGUGGAAGGUGAGAUACUGUCCUUGACGAAGGUGACGCGCUCGGAGAUGGGGGCCUACAUGUGCAUCGCCUCGAACGGGGUCCCGCCGUCGGUGAGCAAGCGGCUCAAACUGCAAGUACACUUCCAUCCGCUGAUCCAGGUGCCGAAUCAGCUGGUCGGCGCACCACUGAAUACCGACGUGACGCUCAUCUGCAACGUGGAGGCCUCUCCGAAAGCCAUCAAUUACUGGCAACGUGAGAACGGUGAGAUGAUCAUCUCGAAUGAGCGCUACCUGAUGAACGAGAACGAAAGCUCGAUGUAUGCAGUCCAGAUGACGCUUGUCAUCCGCAAGCUGCACAAGGCGGAUAUGGGCGGCUACAAGUGCAUCUCGAAAAACAGCAUCGGCGACGCGGAGGGUACGAUCCGGCUGUACGAGAUGGAGCUGCAGAAGAAGUCCAAAUCGGCCCUCCGGCUGAACGGUGUCGAGGAUACCUCAGGCAACGAUGAGAUCAAUGCCACGCCAAACGUCGAUCAGCUGGAGGAAACGAACAAAAUCCACAAAAACGGCAGGCUGUACAAGGGGUUGCAGACCGGCGACAACGACCUCAUUACCUCAAGCACGAACAGUGCGAUCCGGCCGCAUCCGGCGCCUCUCCAAGCGGCCACUACUAGCAGCUGCUGGUGCUUCGUCCUGCUCCUGCUGUUUGCCCUGGCCACGACCAGUGUGCGCUUCCAGUGUGCGAUCACACUGGUUUCGUUGCCGGCACGGAUCCAGACCAGCCACCACCGGACCGCCGGACCGCCGGACCGUCAACGUUCGCAACCACAACCGUCCGAACCACCACCGGAACCGGCGCGGUGGAUGGACAGCGAAUUACCACCGGACCGGCGUCGGCGUCGUUGUCAACUCAGCCCUCACCAGGUUCUCAGCUAGGUGAGAGCAGACAGAGUCCGUCAUCCGUCGUCAUCCAAACCGUAGUAGGUUCCUCUGGUUACGGUUGCUUCUCCUUGUUGAGUUCACCCUAAUGUUACCUUAUUGACCGAUGCCGAUCACGUGACAAUGUAUGUGUGUGUGUGUAUGUAUGUAAGUAAGUAACCGGAGCAACCGAUGCCGGUCCGGUAGCACAUCAGCUCUGAUCAGCAGAGGGAAACCGACCGACCGACCGACCGAACUAUAGGGCUCUUGCCUGGCGCUCAAAUGCGUUGGAGGUAGGCGAGGGUUGCGGUUUUCGAGUGUAUACGAGACUUGACCCUCCCCUGUCGAGACUCGAUCCACCAACCAUACCAUUUCUCUAAUGCAGCCCUUCGCUGACUCUCCUGGAAUAAGAGUCACAAAGCUGCAGUGUUGAAAAGUGAUUACGAAAAUGCGGUUAAGUAGAAAAGAAGAAUCUAAACGCGAAUCAGAAAGAGAGAGUGUGUGUGUGUGUGUGCGCGCGCGCGUGUGUGUGUGUGUGUGUGUGUGUGUUUGUAUGUUUAUUGUGCAGCAAAAGAGCCAGAACCGAA